AAGACUUUGAACUUGACUUGAUUCAAAAUAAAGACCCCCUAGUUUGAAAGCUUUUACUGUUUUUUUAAGAGAUAUUUAACUCCUCAAAAUCAACUCAAAAUAUAAUUCUUCUCGUCUGCAAUAGUCACUACUCACUCUAUCCGAUAUAAUCUCUUGUCUCCUCGAGCAUGUUUAUCGAUGCUAAAGAAAAGGCUUCCUACAAACUUUGCAGUACAGCACGAAAUAUGCAGCUCUGGUUGUUAUCUGUUCGAUCCCAUUCAAGAUGCCAAGCUGACCAUAUGUCCCAUGUGCAGUACACUAAGAACCAAACAGAAGUUUGUCAAAAUUGUUUCUUUGAAAGACAAAAUUGCCCAGCUGCUCUGUUCUGACGAUUUCAGAAGUGAGAUUGAGUAUCGCGAUGACAAUUUUGGUGACGUAAUGGACGACGAUGACGACAACAAAGUAUAUACUGACAUCUUCUCUGGUGAAGUAUAUAAAAACCUUCAACAACAAGGUUUGUUUCAAAAUGUACAUGAUAUUGCUUUGGCGUUAAGCAUCGAUGGUUUCUCUUCCAGAUCCAGUCGAACGUCUAUGGUUAUUGUAGAUGCAGUCAUCUUGAAUCUUCCUCCCUCAAUCAGGUAAACAUCGUGCACAGUUUAGACAAUGUACAAAAACAAUCCUCACAAAAAACUUUUUUUUUUUCAACUCUACAUUAGACUUGCUGAUGACAAUCGAAUCCACCUUGCCGUUUUCUCUGGAAAUAACAAAAAAAAAUUUGGAAAGUUACUUGCAUCCUAUAAUUAAGGAAUUGAAAGAACUUUCAGAAAAGCCUUUACGUGUAUUCAGGGAUGGUCAAGAACUUACGUCUUGCCAUGUAUAUCCGCUUGUUUGGACUGGUGAUCUUGUUGAAGUAAACAAACUGAUGUCC